UCUCCAUGCUGCCAGAAUGGAAGCAGAUUCUCCUGGAGCGAAAGAGAAGAGAAGAGGAGGAGAGAGAGAAGAGAGCACAAGAGGAAGAGGAGAGACUGGCUAGCAUGCCAGCCUGGAAACGAGGGAUCAUUCAGCAUCGCAGAGCAAAGCAGGAAAGUGGAGGACAGAAGGCGAGAGAAAACAAUGGUUUCACAAGAGAGCAGCAGAGGAAAGAAAUAGAGAAAGGGAACAAUGAAGGAAAGACACAAAGAAAGAGCAACUAUGAGAUGAUGCAUGGAGAGGAAAAAGAGAAGUACAAUGAAAGAGAAGACAACAGAGGUAAAUGGCAGAAUAGAGGGAUACAGAUGGAAAGAACAAAAGAGGGCAUGAAAGAAAGAGAGAGUGAUGCUGAGAGAGGAGGGAAAGGGGGAAAGGAAGAUGAUGUCCUCUCCCCUCUCAUCAGUAGUAUUCACACCAUUAAAGCAGAAAACAUCAUCAUCAUUGAGAAGAGAAAGAAUCAAAGAGAGACGGUAGAGACGGCUGAAGAGAGAGAAACAGAGGAGAGAAAGAAGAAAGGGAUGAAGAUGGACCUGAAGGAGUUUCUGGCUGGAGGAGAAAAAGUGACUGAGAUCUGUGUAUCAGAGGUGCUGAUCAUCAAGCCAUCCAUAAAAGAAGAGAGGAGCAAGGAAGACAUGAAGAAAGGGAAUGGAGAUGAAAAGAAAAUGACAUUGGGUGUAAUAGAAAGAGAGGGAGAGGAAACAGAAUGCAGAAGUGUAAGCCAGUUGAUUAGUAAAUUUGGUGAGAAUUGUAAACCUCCCUACAGGUCCAAAAGCAGUGACUUCUUCAUCCCUGUGGAAAUGGGGGGAGAGGUGAGAAAGGAUGAGAGAAAAAACAGGGAUAGAAAAGAUGUGUGUAGAACAGGAAGUAUGACUGCAUCUAGAAGAGGACCAAAAUGUUCUGACUGGAGGAAAAGACAGAUUGAAGGAGAGGUAGAAAAGGAGAAGAGAGAAAAAGAGAGGAAAGAAAGUGGGAAUGAGGGACCAAAUGAGUCAGACAGGAACUCUGAGAUCUCCACUUUUAAAGGAGAGAUGAAGAGUUUCAGGGAACAGAACAAACAAAAAAGAAUGACAAAGAGAAAGAACAUGUGUGGAGGAACAGAAAAGGAAAUGGAGGAGAUACAGAGUGAGCGAAAUGAUCAAAAACAGCAAACAGAGUUCCAAAAUGAAUCCAUAAAGAUUGUGAAACAUGGACAGGCAGUGAUGGUAAAAUUCUCAGAUGGAGAGAUAGAAUCACAGAGCAACAAAGAGGAGCAAGGAAUGAGUAUAACCUGGAAUGAGGUAGUGCAUCACAGAGGAGAGAGACUCAUCCAUAGAUCUGUCUUUUACGGGAUUAGUGAGCAGAGCUUCUCAAGGAAAGAUAGGGAUGAAAUAAGGCAAGUGGAGAGAAGGCUGGGCUGGAAGGCUGGGAGACCUCUGACCAGAGUGGAGUCUCUAAGACAGAGAAUAUGGCAGAAAGAGAAAGGAGGAACAGAGGGAGGAGAUCAACGAGCAAGAGAGGCAGAGAUGGAGAGCAGACAGGAAGUGGCCUCACCGCAGUCUCUCAGCCAGUUUGACGUCACAAGGGAAGUAAGUAAAGAGGAACUUCCUGUAUGUGUUCCUCCUUCUCUUUCAGCUGAACAAGAACCCACUUUUCUCACAGAGCGACAUGACGGAGUGAUAAAGGCACCAGAAACAGAAAAAGAACUAGAGGAGGAUCUGUUAGGGGAAGACUACAUUCCUCCAUCUCUAUUUUCAUCCUCUUCCAGUUCUCCAUCACCUCCUCUCAGCUACACUCACCCUACGAUGAGUCGGAUCUAUAACCUGAAGCCUGUAACCUCCAGGGCUGGUGUGUGUAUCACCGAGAGGAACUUGGAUGUCCAACCACAUAGUGGAGGAAUGAUAAAGAUCAGACCUGGGGGACAGUUUGUGGCUGGUCCUCCAAAAAUCUCAACAGAAAUAUCUUCGCUGAGGUCAGUGCAGUGUCAAGUAGAGCAGCUUCAUCUCAAAGAACAGGAAGUCCACAGAAAAAAUGAUGAAGAUGCAUUGCAAAAACAGAAUGUGUGUGAGCCAUGUCAGGACCAAAACGUCAAUAUGCAAAAAAGCCAAAUGCACACCAUCUCGAAACCUUCCUCAGAACCAAGGCUACAGACUCAACUUCCACAAAUCAGCCCUUCCACCACAAAGAGCAAUAACACUCAAAUAGAACCAACUGUCACAGCUCGAGCUACUCCUCUCUUCACCAUCCGGAGUGCCUCUGGAGGCCCAGGAAAGAAAGGAACUACCAUUACCAUCACUCCCAGGAAAUCGAGCCCCUCAGGGAUGCCUUCAUCUCCUGUUACAACUCCUACAAAGCCUUCAUCUUCUGUGACGACUCCUAAAGCACCAAGUAACACACCAGAACUGCGCAAGAAACGAUAUCCGACUGUAGACGAGAUUGUAGUGAUUGGUGGUUAUCAAAUCCUGGAGAGAUCCUGCUUGGUGAAGAACCAAAGAUCUUCAAAAACAGUGAGAGUGUGUUUUGACAGCUCUGGGUUGGAGUGUGUGUAUACGUACCCAUCGGAGGAGUCUGUGGUCAGAGAGGAGGGGAGCGGUGAUGAUUGGAGGAGAACAGAGGAGAAAAAAGAAGAAAAGGAUGAUGAGGAGGAGAAUGAAGAUGGAGUAAUUGGAGCAGGAAGAGGAAUGAAUAGAGUUCUUCGAGUGGAUGAGUCAUGUCGGCGUUAAUUCCUGUCAUCUGAACCUGAAUCUGAAUUUUUAGAGUUUCAUAGCUGACUGAAUCCAAUGAUUAAGAUGAAUAUUUCUGUGUGAAUAAAAUGCUGUCUACACAUUUAAUUUUUUGAAGACAUUGAUGUACUGUGUAUGUGCAUAUAUAUAACUUGAAUAUUGCAGUACUUCUGACAUGCAAUUUUGAGUGAUUCUAUUCUCUUUUCUGGUUCAAGAAGCUGGCUUCAAAAAAUGAUGUAAAUAAAAAGUUAUAUUUUUCAGCA